UCACAGGGGCGCCAAAUUUAAACUUUCGAGUCAAACAAAGUUGUCAAAAUGGAAACUUGUAGCUGCGAGAGAUACAAGAAAAUCGUCGAGGAUUUUCAUUUUUUCACUCCGGGGACGUUAAAUUCGUUAAUUCCACGGCUCGCAAUGCCGACCGAUGGGUGUAUCGCUUGGAAGUGCAAUAAGGCGAAUUUGCAGGAUAUGAGACCCACGAAACCGGCCGUGAUAAUCCGGAACAUACGAACCACAUCGCCUGAACCACCGGAAACGAAAGAAGAACCGCUGGAAGCCAAAUGGGUCCCAGUGAUGCCCGGAAUUGUCUCACAAAAGGCAGUGAACGAGAGUAAAAAGCUGAAAACUCCAUUUUGAACAUUUUAUAUUACAAUAAACUAUCUAAAAGUAA